UGGACAAACCGUUAGACACAUCAAGAUCAAGACGGGUGUAUUAGUUAGAUCUAGACCUAGACUAGAUCUAAUAUCUUAUCUAGCUCUGGAUUCUAGAUCUAUCUAUAGAUUAGAUCUUGUCUACUUUAUGUUAAAAAUGUCCAUUAUCUGUUUUGUUUAAAAGACAUUGUUCUUUUGGUUUGGUCAGUUUGGAUGUUAACGUAAACGUUGUUUUGAAUGAUAAUAAUUAGAUUACGAUCAUCACCGAAGAUAGAGUUAUUAAAUAAAUAUUAUAGAAGAGUGAAGAAAUCAUGGACUGAUUACAUGAACCAGAGUUCUUUGUGUUUAAGAAACUCCUCCUUCUGCACCUUUGGAUUUUCCCACUCAUCUGAUGACAUGGAGGACAAGAAACAUUCAUUAAAACGCCAUGCCAAAAAGUCUUUUGCAUGUAGCUACGAUGACCUGAAAGUGAAACAUAAUAAACAGUCCCUUGGCUUUGAAAUUCUGAAAAAUCAGCAAGAGUCACUUUGGACUGUCCAAUGUAAAUCUGAGACAACUGCAGAGAGCAGCAGACAUGAAGAAGAGAGAGAAGUUGAGAGCUACCCAAAAGUUCGUCAAAGAAAGAAAAGGUCAAGGACAAAGAGCAGCCACAAUGAGGAAGUAAAGGAUAAUACUUUCAAUAGCAGCCACUCUCCGAACUCUGAAGAUAACCCAUUUUUGCAGAUGCUUUCAGACGAGUUAGAAGCUCUGAAGAGCCCUAAAACUAAAUAUUUCCACCCAUCGAAGCAUGAAAAAAACAUCAAAAGCAAACAUGUAACUGGAACUGCUGGCCAUGAUGCAGUAAAACCUAUCAAUAAGUAUAUAAAUGGACAGAUUGGGGAUUCGGAAAAUGAAGGCAGUGCAGAACUUGAGGAAAGAUGUGAGUCUGAGUUAGAAGAAGGUGAGCUGUUAGAAGAACCAACCGAGACCUCCAGGAGUAGCCACAGCGGCAAAAGAAGGUCACACAAAGGUAAGAGAGCCUUGUUUCAAACAGUUUCAGGAAAAGGCUUUGAGCUCAAAGUAGAAUAUGACGCCGACUUACCCAUCAAAUCUGAGAUCAAGUCUGAGGUUGUGGAUCAAACCAUCGAAGCUGAGCACAGUUCUACUUUACCAGACUCUGUCUAUGGAGAGGGGGCGACAGUCGGUGCGACUUCUUUUUUCCAGUGCAAAGAAGAAUAUGAUAGUGACUGGUCUGAAAAAAUGGAUGCAUCAUUGACCAGAGAUUUGGUGGACAUGUGCAUGCCAUUGACUCUAGAGGAAGGGGAAAUUUCUUCUGCGGCGAGUGAUAGUUCCAGCAGUUGUGCCCUGGUACUUUCUUGCGAUGAGGAUAUCAAAGCUGAAGAAAUGCGUCUUAGUAAACUUAGUCAUACCGAAGACACAGAUCCCAUUUGUAUUAACACUGAUAAGCUAAAGCAAGAGUCAGAAACUCCGGUUUCAAAUGGUGACGCGGCAGGUAUUGUUGGAUCAGUGCUUGGCAACAUGAUGCAUGGUUUGUACUCGCAAGACGCAAGAUAUCCUCCCACAGGCACUGUCACCUCUGAUGAGCAAGUUGACAGGACAUCUUCUAGUCUUUCUGGAUGUUCCUUCUCUACAAGGUCGCUGCCGUCUCAGUGCUCUGAUCAGGGAUCGUAUCUAAGGCAACAGCAGGCACAGGGUCUGCCCCCAUUCCUUAUGCAGUAUCAGCAGCAGUGGUUCACAAACAUGAGCCAAACCAUGUCAUCCAACGUUUAUCAGAGUCCGGCUCAAACCAUGAUCCAGCACAUGCAGUGGGGCACCAUGAACCAGGCCAACAUUGGUUCCUUGUUCAGCACUGGGGCAGUAGGACCACCUCCUUGUGUUGGUCAGUUGUCUCACGCUUCACCUCUUUACUGCCCCCAGCAAAACUAUUACCACACUAGUAACUGGACACAGCACAUGUCAACUGGUCAACAGCCUGGCAGGUCAAGGAAUGUGGUCCAAGGUAUAUUACCCUAUCAGUACGAGGCAUACCACAACCAUUUAAAUCAGCUGACAAAUUUCAGCGCGGCAGUGCUCUCCUACUAUAUAUUAUUCCAACAGGCCGCACUGACCAGUGGUCAGUCCAUCCCUCCCACCCAUGUUGUUAGCAACCCUUUUAUCGCUACUAAUAAUAAUUCAGAGAUGAGCAGCAAACUACGACAAUGGGACAUUGUGAAAACUAGCAGAAGAAGGCGCUCUGGGGGAAUGGAGUUUACAGUCAUGACCUACAACAUACUGGCUCAAGAUUACCUGGAGCAGAAUCAAGACCUGUACCGCAACUGUGACACCUGUGAUUUAGACUGGGCCAACAGAGGACCAGCCCUGCUUAAGGAGAUAAUCUCUCACAAUGCUGAUAUUGUUUGCCUGCAAGAAGUACAGCUAGAGCAUUGGGAGCAAGACUUGAUGGAGCCUCUAGUCAAACAUGGUUACCAGUUUGCUUACAAACAGAAAAGUGGUUUGAAGCCUGAUGGCUGUGCCAUAUUGUUUAAAAAAGACAAGUUUAAGAAGUUGGAAUUAGUGCCAGUCGACUUCAGAAAAGGCGGGCUACUGGAUCGUGACAACAUUGGCCUCAUCUUGCUCCUCCAGCCUACCCCCAAGAGUACAAGAGUGACUGCGCCCAAGAUCUGUGUAGCUACCACUCACCUCUUGUUCAACCCAAAGAGAGGUGACGUGAAGCUGGCCCAGAUGAUGCUCUUCCUGGCAGAGAUUGAUAAGUAUGCUUACCUUGAUAGGGAUGUAGAUACCCACCCUGAUAGUGCCAGCAGCCAGGCUUCGUCAAGCAGCUUGGGCAUGCCCCAGCAAACGCCUGCCCCUAAGAAGGUGUCUGCUGAAUCUCAUCAUGCCAGCAAGCCCAAGCCGACGUACUGCCCUGUCAUAUUGUGUGGUGACCUGAACACAGAACCUUUCUGCGCCAUGUACAAGUUCAUCACCACAGGUGAUAUCAAAUAUGAAAAGUACACCUCAAAACAGUUUUGUGGUCAGAAGGAAGGUCACGGCAGUGGUGGCUCCUCUCUGAUAGGUAAAGACCUUCUUUUAGAGUCGCUGGACAUCACUCAGUCAUGUCAGUACACGCCAGUGGUCAACCAGAGGUUUACCUACCCACCAGAGAGAAGAAUGCUGAGAAACUCUGGCCGUGCCUUCCACGAUCUCUACUUCAAGUCGGUUUACGGGCAUUCUGGCAAGGAUAAAUAUGGCAAUAAAUUGAAGGAGAUUACCACCCAGCAUGAGAGGGUCACAGCCACAGUGGACUACAUCUUCUACUCUACAGGCAUGAAAAGCAUUGACGGCAGUCAGGCCACAAAUGUCCCUCUAGAGCUAUUGGCACGGUACAAACUGCUGACAACAGGAGACAUGCGAGAAAUUGGAUAUCUACCCAAUAAAAUGUUCCCUUCAGAUCACUUCUGCCUCAUUGCCAGGUUUUUACUAAAAUGACUGACUUAAUACUGGCUCAGUGUCAUGGAAUAUGUUGUGAAAUAUAUAAUGUAUCCUGUGUGCUGAGUAUACGUUGCCACGAAUACAAGACAUUGUGCCUUGUUUUGAACACUGAUGUUUUGAAGUUUGUUCUUCAUGUCAAUCUUCAGAGUCUUUCUGCAUUCAUUUUUUUCUGUUACUGGCUGGAGGCAGACAAAGCUGGGUUUUUUGGUUGUUGUUGUUGAACAAAAUAUUGUUUUUUAUUUUGAAGAAGGAUGUUAGGGUCUUGUCCUGAAAAGAUGGAAAGUGGGUUUUGAUAUCUGUGUGUGUGUUUGUGUGUGCAUAUGUGUAUUACUAAAGAUUAGUAAAAAAAAAUAUAGGGCAGAUGAUGUAAAUGUUAUCUGCUUAUGUGGCCUGCGGUUAAUGAGGAUGUCAUGUGGCCAGCACAAUGACCAACCACCUUUACUUUUCCCCAACCAAUGUCAGUAACCAUUAGAGAUUGGUGGACUCAGAGGCGUCCAAAGAUCCCGAAAUUAAAAAUCCCAGGAUUCACUAGGGACCCAGGUUCAGAAGCCAAGCCCUUUACAGCGCAGCCACCGCGCCUCCCGUAACGUCUUACUAGAGAUUAGAUACUUAAUCAAAUUAAACACAAUGAUAAGAUGUUUCAUAAUUGUUGUUUUUCAUUCAUAAUUUACCAAUAACAUAUCUUUUAUUUUUUUUUUUUUUCGAUUACCAUCAAAUACUCCUUUUUUUUCUAAUUAACACCUUAGUUGGCUGCUUAAUUUUUUUUUGACUUCAUAUGUUUUAAAAACAAAAUGGAAUGAAAAAGUUGCUCUCUAGUUCAUGAAACAAACCAUUAUUUUAGUUUUUAUUUGUAAUAUUUGUUCAGUUUAUGGUUCAAUAUUUGCUUAUUCGUCAUAUGAUGUUUAAAGCAAAAAGAUACUGUUGUUUUUUUUCUUUCUAUUUAAAUAUAGUUUAUUUUUCAAUUGAUGUUGAAAUUACAUGUUUUAAAUCAAGGAAAUGUUUUUCCCUAAAUAAAAAGGGAGAAAACUGUAAUUACCUUAUGUUUCUGUUCUCUCAGAAUUUUUUUUUUGUGUAUGAGCAAAACAGUUCUAGUCUGAUUUGGCUUUUAGUUAACUUUAGAUCAUUGUCUGUUUUCUGUUAGUGCUGGGUUUGUUUAUACCAUCAUCUAGUAACAACCAAUGUGUUCUAAAGGGAAGUAACUCCUUUAGAUUUUUUUAAUCAUAAUUUUCAUUUGUUUAUUUGUAAAGCAGCAGAGUAGUUGUGGGAAGUGUUUGUAAAGCAGCAGAGUAGUUGUGGGAAGUGUUUGUAAAGCAGCAGAGUAGUUGUGGGAAGUGUUUGUAAAGCAGCAGAGUAGUUGUGGGAAGUGUUUGUAAAGCAGCAGAGUAGUUGUUGGAAGUGUUUGUAAAGCAGCAUAGUAGUUGUGGGAAACGUGGUCAAGAGGUUAAGUACCCUUGAAUUUGGCUUGGCUACCUAUGAUGGGGGCUCGAGGUUCGACACUCUACUUGAGCAGAGUUGUGUUUACUGAGCACCUAAAGGCAGCACGGAAAACCUAAUCCAAGAUACCCCUCACUGGUCCACAAAUGAGAUUGGACUAUAGCGCUCUGAGCAUGCUGUAAGAUUAAAAAGGAGCGCUAUAUAAAAGCUAUAAUUAUUAAGGAAAGUAACUUGUUUUAAUUUAUUAUUUUUUUCAUUUGUUUGUUUGUAAAAGCAGCAGAUAAAUUAAAAAAAACUUUUUAAAAUGUUUUAUAAACAAUUUUAAGUUCUUGACAUUCCAAUGUCAUUGGCAUUGCUACAAACAGUUGAUUCAAAAUGUUGAAAUGUCCCAUCAAGCUUAAUCUUUUGCUCUUUCUCACAAUCACUCUAGCCCUCGGGGGAUCCUACUGAGUUUUGGAAGUUACAGUUACUUUACUUUAGCCAUGUUGAUCUUUAUUUUGAACAGGAGUUGUGUUUCUUUUCUACAUACAGUAACUGUUGAAGCAACAGUGAACUAGCCAAUACUGUGAGUUAUGUCACCUUAGUACAGGUAUGGCAGUCUGGUUAAGUGGUAUGUGCUCCGGACUGUUGUCUCAGUAGUUCCUGGUUCAAACCUUGGCCACCACCAUCCCUUGCCGUCUGUGAAAUUUGGGCUAGGAUGUAAUGAUCUUGAAAUCUGAGGGAGUUUGCAAACUAUGUCAAACAAACAUUAGAUAAUUGUGGGAGUUAUGUUGACUUAUAUAAACUAUUUGGCAGUUUUGUACGGUCUAGUACAUAGUAAAUAGGGCCAAUAUCAAAAUUAAAUAUAACAUAAAAGAAUAAUUUGUUGAAUUUGUUUUUUUCUAUCAGAAUUUUGAAUCUGUAAAACUCUACUAGAGUUUUUGUUAUUUGCUUCGUUAAUGAAUUUAUGUUUUUUUAUUUACUAUAUUAUUGAAACAUACUAUUACAUUAAAUUCUCAGAAAAGGUU